UGUCAUUGUGGGUUAUGUGCCAAUUAAAAAGACUCUGUGUAGAAUUUUAGUUAUUUUGGGGGCGUUAUAAGAAAUUUCAGUGAACAUAUAUUAUUCAGUACUGUUUAAAAAUGAUAUAUUGACAUAGCAAUACACGGAAAUGGCAGAGUCAAACUUCAGUAAAGUCGAUGAAUAUGGAUUUGAGAGGCACGAAGAUUUCGAUUUCGAGAGCUAUGAACAAUUCAUGUCAGUAUACCUACGAGUCCUCGCGACUAGAGCUCAGAAAUGGGCCUCACUCCUCGGCGAAGGAAAGUCGGUCAAGCGCACUAAUACCGUCAAAAGAUACGUUAGGAAGGGAAUUCCAAGUGAACACAGGCCUGCGGUAUGGAUGGCAGUAUCGGAAGCAGAAAAACUGAAAGAUCAAAGUCCUGAUCUUUAUCAUAAAAUCUUAGACAGACCUUUUGAAAAAGAAUUGGUAGAUUUAGUGAAAACAGAUUUACCUCGUACAUUCCCAGAUAAUAUUUAUUUCACAAAAGAAGCAAACCAUCAGACACAUCUGUUCCACAUACUUAUAGCAUAUGCACACAACAAUCGUGUGGUUGGCUACUGCCAGGGACUCAACUAUAUUGCAGGUUUAUUGCUGCUUGCAACAAAAAGUGAAGAAGUAUCAUUUUGGUUGCUGAAAGUACUUGUAGAAAAGAUUCUUCCUGACUAUUACACCAAGACUAUGGAUGGAUUGAUUGUGGAUAUAGAAGUUUUAUCAGAGCUUGUGAAGGCUAAAGUACCAGAUGUUCAUCAACAUGUGAUAAACUUAGGACUUCCGUGGGCUGUCAUAACCACCAAGUGGUUUGUUUGUCUGUUUGCUGAAGUUCUUCCCAUAGAGACAGUACUUAGGAUAUGGGAUUGUCUAUUUUAUGAAGGCUCUAAGAUUUUGUUCCGAGUUUGCCUCACACUAAUAAAAUCCAACCGGGCAGCAAUAAUGUCAUGUAAUGACUUCACAUCUCUAGCUGAAUGUUUUAAAGCAAUUGUAAAAAACGCUAGUGCUUUGCACUGCCACGAAUUCAUGCAGGCUAUAUUCAAAGUACCUGGUACUUUGUCAAACUCUACUAUAGCGAAACUUAGAGCUCGAUUUGCUAAACAACGACGCGAACAACUGCAGAAAGAACAGCGGUAAAGUUCUUGAAGAGUUUUGUUGUCAAAUGAUCUCACUUUUUUUAAACUAAUCAGACUUGGCUUACUGGUGUGUUGCUUAGAGUUAAGUGUUAGGUGGCCAAUUAGACCAUCAUCUUAUUGUUCUAGCUAGACUCCGUAAGACUAAGUCGAAAUAUAAGCAUGAGAGUAUCUAAUGACAUUGCUGGUCAUUGUCUAGUUAUGUAACAUGCACUCUGACCAGACUAUUUAUUUAUUCUCUAUAUGAGCUCUGUUCCUGUGCAUGGCAUUUAUGUAGGUACCAAAAUGAAGUUGUUCUAAAAACCAUUUAUCCAAAGGAAUGCAUUUAUGCAGUCUAAAAUCUGUAUAAGUAGUUGUAUCCAAAACACCUAUUGAUAGACCCCUAUCAAAUUUUGCAUUUUUAAAUACAAAGGUCAUAUGAAUUCUACUUAAAGAGCCAUAAACAGCAGUGCUAAAUAUUUGCUACUAUACAUAUAAUAUUCUUUGAGAAAAACUUUUUUUUUUUGUUUUCAAUUUUUUUUUUUAAAUAUACAUAUAAAAUGUUAACUCUCUUUGUAAUAAUUGUUGGUAUAAAAAAAAUAAUCAAUCAGAUUUAUAGGCAGCAGGUGGCAUUUCUUAAAAGAUGUUGUCAAUGUCAAGACCUGCUAACCAAAUUCGGUCGGCAUUAAAACACCUCUGCGGGCGUAGCACACUAGUGCGCUAAACCUUGUCGCUUCAGUUCGUCCCUAUCGCACUUACAAUUAGUGUUUGCCAUCGACUACGGGU